CUGAACGCUUACGGUUUGGCUGUUGUUGUGGAGGGAAGCGGCUAGCUCUGUUAGCUGUGUUAGCUCUGUGUACGUGUGUUUGAAAGAUAGUUUACGUUUGUUUUUUGUCCCUUUAUAGUUUCUAUCAUGGCGUACCAACUCUACAGGAACACUACUCUGGGAAACAGCCUUCAGGAGAGUCUAGACGAGCUCAUACAGACUCAGCAGAUCACCCCUCAGCUGGCUCUUCAGGUCCUCCUUCAGUUUGAUAAAGCAAUCAACACUGCACUCGCCAACAGAGUUCGCAACAGAGUCAACUUCAGAGGAUCCCUGAACACAUACAGAUUCUGUGACAAUGUGUGGACAUUUGUACUCAACGACGUGGAGUUCAGGGAGGUAACGGACCUCGUGAAGGUGGACAAGGUCAAAAUUGUUGCCUGUGAUGGAAAGAGCGAGUCAACCCAGAACAAGUUGGAUAAAUGACUCUGGCUGCUGCACUGCAGAGCGGCGACUCUCUCUGGCCGUGUAUCAGAUGGAGUCUCGGGUGGACCUGGACUGUACAUAUAAUUUAUUAUUACAGCAGUCACAGUGUGUGUGAGGGGGAUGCAUGUGUGUGUGACUGUGUGAGUGUCAGAGUGGACCAGUUACUGUACCUGCAGCAAAUUUUUUUUUUAUUAUCAGUUUACAUGAAGUUUGUGUUGAGUUUGCUGUUGUUAUUAAGCUGGAGCGUCUUUAAUAAAAACUUUAUUUAAAAAUCAAAA